AUGUCACGGGCACUGCAAGAGCGUGCGACAACGUGGCAAGCCCUCUGCGCGUCGCAGGACGGCUUCGUCGCUCGCCUUCUCGACGAGUGCGAGACGCUCCAGGCCGAGGUCGACCAGCUCGAGGCGCCACCGCCUCUGGCCGAGUGUCAAGAGCAAGGGUCAGACGGCGAGGAGCUGUGCAGGAGCGAGCAGGAGCGGCGCAGGCUAGCUCUCGAGGAGCAAGUCGGGUCGUUCAAGGCGGUCAACGAGGAGCUUUCCCGCGAAGCCGAGGACCGCCGUCAGCUCAUCGCGUCGAGGUCGUCGUGCCUGUCGGCCGCGGGCGCACCUGGCUCUGCUUCUCUUCGAGCCGCACAAGCUGUGCCCGAGACGUACUACGACGGGCCGCCCUUCGUCCUGUGCCUCAUCAAUGGGUCGAGCGUCCUCUUCAACCAGGGCCCACUCUCGCAAGGGCACACCGGCGGCAAGGACGUCGCGACACGCCUCCUGUGGGAGAUCGAGAAAGACCUUUCGGCCCAAGACUUUUCGGUCGCUGGUGGCGACAAGCCUGGUCGUCCUGUCGUCCUCACCCUCUUCUUUCACAACAAGGUCGAGCUCGUGAGGGAGCUCUUGCGCAGCAAGGUCAUCUCGUCGGCAUCUACUUGGGACGACUUUUGCGCCGGGUUCGCGAGCGAGGCCAACAACCAGUGCGUCGACACGGCCGGCGACGUCGAAGCCGCCAUCGCGACGGUCCUCCUCGCCCUCGGCUUCGCGUCCAACCUCGAGCACAUCUAUAUCGUCGGCGCACAGCUGGAACGCCUGUACGAGACGUGCCCGGCGCUGCUGCCCGGCGACGUCGCCCUCUUCGUCGAGGUCGGGCUCAAGAUCAUCCUGGUCAACGCGAGCGAGAGCGAGGACGAGCGGGACCUUCUGUCGACGAGCGGGUGGCGGGUGACCAGCUUUGCGCGAUUCUUCGGCACCAGCCUCGACUCGCGCGCUCGUUCUCCUUCCCCCGACAUUCCUUCGUCGCCCUCGGUCCACAAGCCGUCGUCGACCGCCUAUGCAGGAGCCGUCAAGGCGACGGACAAGAAGUUGACGGCGCUGCCGCAGCGUGCCGCCGGCAAGACGCCCAAGUUCGAGCUCCCGAUGAGCGAGCGACCCGUCGCUGCGCCUGAAGGCGCCGACAUGGCCACGUUCUACGCCAGCCUGACGACGCCGACGUCGAGGCACCGCUUCAACCCGACCGCGCGCCUCCUCGACCAGAACCCGCAGAUAUGCUGCUGGUACUACUUCUCGGUCGACGGCUGCACCCUCCCGAGCUGCCACAGGAGCCACGCGUACGACCUGACGAGCCGCGGCCGCCGCGUGCUCAAGAAGGAGAUCGCGACCAUCAACUGCAAGGAGCUCAUGCGGACGGGCAAGUGUACCUGGCGGGCCGAGAACGGAGUUCCCUGCAUGUUCAACCACCACUUCCGAGGCGCGCCGCCGGUCGCGAAGGACGAGCACUGA